AUCUGCUCAAACCGAAGCAAAAUGGAGCGCGAUCGGGGUGAAGAACAUUCCCUGUUUUUCUCGUCAAUACCAUACAGCUGACAUCUUAAUGAUACCCGAUUUCCUUCUGGCUGCUCAGAUUUUGCAAAGGAUUGGUAAGUAUAUUAUUAUUUUGCUUGAAAAAGUGUGAUCUACAUCGUAAUGGCGCGCGCUCACUUGUCGGUUCUGUUCUAGGCGCUAGGCUGCGAUUUCAAUCUCAAAAGUUAAUCGUUUUUCUCCGUUUUGUCGUUAAUCCAUUAUCAAAUCGAUAUAAAAAAUGCAAGAUCUAUCGCGAUACCUUCUUUAACUAUAUACAUCAGAAGCUGAUAAGAAAGAAUCCUCCACAAAAGGGAUCGAGGUGAUCUAUAUGAAGGAGAUCAACCCACUCGUUAAGCUUACAUGAAAUCGAAUCGGAAGAACGCUUCGUUCGAGCGAUCUCUUUCUUUGCUGUUUCCACUGGCCUGGCCGCAUGUAAAGCCCAGGGAUCUCUUAGAGAGCUUGUAAACAGCUGGCUAUAUAUAUAACUUUUAUAUUGCGCGGAUUGUGCACUUGAGAAUUUAAAAGGGGACAUUCCAUUCUUAUGUACAAUUUCAAAAUCGCCCAUCCCCCCCCCCACCCGGGCAUACCCCGUGCAUUUGACUGAAACUUUGGUUACGUACAUUGGGGAAUUUGACCCAAAAUGAGGCCAGCCCAGUCGAGCAUUCCACGUUUGUGUUAACGCUGGUCGUCGCAAGCUAAAGGAUUUCAUAAUUCUUUCCUCACUUUAUAGGACCAUUCAGCAUGUGCACCAUAUUCAUGGGUCAUUGCUCCUAUAUUCACUGUUUUGUUGCAGCAUUUGAGAGCCUUUGAAAAAGCCCGUUCAAUGUGGGCUUUCUAGAAUAAACAAUUUUCUUGAAAUAAAAAACCUCUUUAAGACAGCUUUCUGAGACUUCAGAUAUUUCGGUUGUGUUUAUAAGGAUAUUUAAAGGGUUUGACGAAUGGGAAAACUUUUGAAGAGUGGCUGGUGGGUGGGGAAUUUGACCAAAUGUUUUGAAAAAAUUUAAAUGCCGGGGGGGGGGGGGGGUAUGGGCAUAUUUGGAAUUGACCAAGUCAUAACCCUCGCCCCCACCCCGCUAAGUACAUUAUGUUUUGAAGAGGAGGGUUGUGUUUUUUUUUCUUAAAAGUGUGCCAACAAAAACUUAAUGUUGAAGAUUUUUAGGGGGUGUGGGUAAAAAUGGAACGUCUAAAGGUAAAUGGUAGGACCUAUGUGUUCAGAAUUGGUUGAGAUUUCUGUAUCAAUCAUCAGAAAUAAUCGGAUUGAACCAACUGAUGGAUCAUGGACUAUAAUCGGAAAAAUCUUUUACAGUAAUAAGAAUUCCAAUCAUUCCAAUGCACAGGCUACCAAAUAAAAAUCAGUGUUUGUCAAAUUAUUUUCAAGAACAAAAUGCGUAGUUGAGCAUAUAACAUGUAGUUUCUUCUUGGAAUUAUUUUAUAGGUGUUGUGUAUGUUUUUUGUGAAAGUGUAAGUAAAUUGGUUCUUUCCACUUCCAGUUUAAAUUCAGGGCCAGCAGCAGCAAAAGGAACUUAUCUUCUUCCUAUAUGAUCUCUGCCAUGGAGAGCUUUGAAGAGGAACUCUCCUCUCUAUCAGAAAUGUUCCCAGAGUGUGAUGAGAAUAAACUGAGGGGCUACCUGGAGAUGUUUAAAGAUGAUCCUAACCACAUGACAUCAAUAAUCAACAUGCUGUUAGAGAAUGGAAACACAGAUGGCACUCAGCAGAACCAAGAACAAACUUCAUCACGUGAGCAGGGUUUGAAACGAAGUGCAAACACUGGUGAAGACAGCCUAUCUAGCAAAGUUUCAAAGUGUGAUUUCAGCAGGAAGAAUGAGAAUGAAUUAACAAGUCCAACUAGAAUGGCCUGCACUUCUAAAAGUUCCUCCUCUCCUGCUAAAAAUCAUCAACCAUCCUCGAAGCAUGACUUUCUUGACCACAAAACUAGCUCUUCCAGUGAUGAUGAUGAUAUAGUUUUAGUGAAGAGUGUAGCAAGCUCUCCUAAGCCAGGUUUUUACCGCUCAAGUGGUUCUGACUCUGGUAUAAGUUCUCCUCAGAAAAGUGGUGGUAUCUGCAUACGGUACAAGGGUGGGGCUCUUCAUCCAUCCAUGAACAAACGUAAAAGGUCACAGAUUGUGGAAAUUGACUGCGAUGAUAGUAAAGAAAGCAAAUCUCAUUCAUUAAGUAGCAAGUCACCCGCCAGAAGAAGUUUGAGUGCGUCUAAACAUUUCACGUCAGCCACUGAAAUAUCUCAGGAAAACGAUGAUGAUUUACCCAGGUAUGAAACAAGUGCAGGUGCUACACCUCACAAAAAGGAUAAUGCAAGUUCUUCAUCACAAUCCCAAGAUAAAAACCAAGUUGAAGUAGUUUCAUCAUCUGGAAACAGUAGCCAUUCAUCUGUUGCGGAAGUUCUAACAGAUCUUGAGAUUCUCAAAAAGGUUUUUCCCGAUUCCGACCAUGAAUAUAUUGAUUCACUUUUACAUAAGUAUGCUGAUCAACCUAAUAGAGUAGCUUUGGUGGGUAAAGAGCUUAGCAGUAAACCAGACUCUCAGAGUGUGAAAAAGAAAGCGAUACAAAUGGUGCCUUGGUUUUGGCAGACUGAAGAAGGAAAGCUUGUCCCAUUCACUGACUCAGAAUGUAACUUUUUGGAAAAAGAGUACAUUCACUGUGACACAUCGCACUCUAGUACAGCAUCUGGAAAGGUUCGGAUGCCUGGCUCAGCAAAAACUUACGACCUUGAAUUUGCUGGCAUGACGAUGACUUGUGACAAAGGUCAGAAAACUCCAAUCAUUCGUGCUCCACUGGGGAGUGAUAACAACAAACAGAUUGGGUAAGUUAAAAGCUGUGUAGUUAUACAUGUAUAGUAUUAUGGCCUCCAGGUUCAGGUUGCUCAGGGUAGCUCUUUUCAGGGUGAGAUGAAAUUUUGCAAAUGUCAGAUGGCCAAAUAGAUCAUUUUACAGUUGUGGGCUAAGUAUCCUAGCUUUGAGUGAACAUGGGGCUGAAGUUGACCUUGUUUUGAUACAAAACUCCUUCCUUUUCUUAUGCAGCGUGCAAAAAAAAGUGGUUUCCGAUAGCCCGGAGCUAGUGGAUUUUGCUACUGGGCUAGCAAAUUCUGUUCUCAACUCGCCCAAUAGGCAGGUAAAGUUUUUUGGGGAAUUCCUUGUAAUCAAUCCUGCUCAUUAAAAAAAGAAAUUUGGGCUAUAUAGAGUGACUCUUGGGGUAGUACAUUUCCUUUUGGAAAUUAAGUUUAACAAAUAUAGUUAGCAUCAGCACAACAUGACUUACAUAAUAAAGCAGGAAGGGUUGUAUCAAUUAAAACAAGGUCAACUCCAGCCUUGUUUUCACCUGCAACUACAAAAUGGACUAUUGGCACGUUGUUUUAGUUUACUAGGCUGGAAUCCAAGGAACUAGCCUAUAAAAGGUUACAAACUUUGAUUGCCCCCCCUGGGCCAUAAACUCACUUGUUAUCAUUUUUUUUUACUUACCAGAAUUCCUUUCUUGACAGGAAGGGUGAUUUUCUGCUGGCGAGUGUAACAAAAUGAGUUUAAAAUGUUUUUCUGACACAUCACUGGGGGCCUGGGUAUAGGUCAUAUGACCGAAAGGCGGGCAGAUGCUUUUGUUCCAUCCGCCAUUACUAACCUGCCCACCCACCCACCCACCCACUCACCCUAAGAUUUCAGUUUUGUAGGCUGUUUAAAUCCAAUGCAUAACUUUCAAGGGAUAUGUUAUGUGUUUAUUUUUAUGAACUUGGAAUAAAGGUCAGCCUGCAGCGGUUGGCUUGGCAUGGCUACCAGUGGUGUGUGAGAAAUACCAUAAAAUUCCGACAAUAAGCCCCGGGGCUUAUAUUUUUCAAAGGCCCUUUUUGAGGGGCUUAUCUAGGGAAGGAAAUUUGCGUUUCGAAAUCGAUUGGGUUAGCCUUAUGGUUGGAAGUAAAUUUACCAUUUUUGCUUUGUUUUACCUUGUAUUUGACGGCAAUUUUCCAAGUACAGCCCCCUGGGCACUUAUAUUUGGAGGGGUGAUUUAACGGAGGGUUUUUUGCGUUACGAGUUUGGGGGGCUUAUAUUUGUAGGGGUUUAUACAUGGAGGGGCUUAAUGUCAGAAUUUUUACAGUAUUCAUUUUCUUCAUUAUCGUUGUUGCAGUGGUAAAAAUCUAGUACCACAAGAAGCACUUUCGCUGCCACCAGACUGGCAACAGCAAAUUGAAAAUGUUCAACUGAUAAGCGUGCGUCCAGGUUCUGCCGAGUGGGACCAUGUUCAGCGANCUUUUGUUCCAUCCGCCAUUACUAACCUGCCCACCCACCCACCCACCCACUCACCCUAAGAUUUCAGUUUUGUAGGCUGUUUAAAUCCAAUGCAUAACUUUCAAGGGAUAUGUUAUGUGUUUAUUUUUAUGAACUUGGAAUAAAGGUCAGCCUGCAGCGGUUGGCUUGGCAUGGCUACCAGUGGUGUGUGAGAAAUACCAUAAAAUUCCGACAAUAAGCCCCGGGGCUUAUAUUUUUCAAAGGCCCUUUUUGAGGGGCUUAUCUAGGGAAGGAAAUUUGCGUUUCGAAAUCGAUUGGGUUAGCCUUAUGGUUGGAAGUAAAUUUACCAUUUUUGCUUUGUUUUACCUUGUAUUUGACGGCAAUUUUCCAAGUACAGCCCCCUGGGCACUUAUAUUUGGAGGGGUGAUUUAACGGAGGGUUUUUUGCGUUACGAGUUUGGGGGGCUUAUAUUUGUAGGGGUUUAUACAUGGAGGGGCUUAAUGUCAGAAUUUUUACAGUAUUCAUUUUCUUCAUUAUCGUUGUUGCAGUGGUAAAAAUCUAGUACCACAAGAAGCACUUUCGCUGCCACCAGACUGGCAACAGCAAAUUGAAAAUGUUCAACUGAUAAGCGUGCGUCCAGGUUCUGCCGAGUGGGACCAUGUUCAGCGAAGCCUUAAAAGAAGUUUGAGGGAAGCUCAAAUCACUAAUGUACAGCGUGUACAAAACAAGUGGCUGUACAGAAAGUAUGCAAUACAGCGGCAUUUGAUCAAAGACAAAAAUGGUUAGUGUUUAACAGUAAAGUGGAAGCUCUCGUGACGAGGACACCCUCGGAAUGUGAAAAAGGUGUCCGUAACUGGAGCUGGUCGCUUAACCCUUUAAGCCCCAAUAUCCACAGACAAAUUCUCCAAACUGAUCUCCAUACAUUUCCUUCAUGAAUGAGUUGAGAGAAUUUGAUAAAAGAUCAAGGUAUUUUCCCUUUGGUGAUCAUUUUAUUACUUCUCAUAACCUAAUCUCUUGACAUUGUAUGGAUAUUGUUAGGAGAAAAUUGCUGUUAGUCACUAUUGGGACUUAAAGGUUAAGAGAAUGUUAAAAUACAGAGUUUGUAUGGGAGAUGAGUGAAACAAGGUUUUGUGAAGGCGGCCAUAUACAGAGCUGUCUGAGUACAAGAGUGUCCAUUAGAAGAGCUUCUACUGUACAAUUCUGUAUGUUUUGUUUGAAUAAUGUUAUUAAAUAUUAUCAGCGUGAAAAGAAAGUAGUAUCUGAUAGCCCGGGGCUUAGGUGGAUUUUGCUAUAGGACUAGUGAAUUCUGUUGUUAACUUGGCCGACGGGCAAGUGAGGUUUUUUGAGCAAUUCGAAUAACAGAAGAACUAUGAAAUCAAUUCUGCUCGUCAAAAAGUAUCUGGGGCUAGUUGAAAUGACAUCUGGGCUAGUAGAUUCUAGCUUCAGCUUGCCCGAAGGGCAAGCUGUAGAAAUGAUUUUCUUUGCACCCUGAUUAUUAAACCUACAUGCUAUAUAUAGGAGGACAUUACAUUUGUUUUACAAACGGGGUCUUCAGAGAAUUCCUUUUUUACAGGUUUCAAUAUUUUUAAUGGUCACACAGUAAGAUUUCACCCACCAGGUCAAACAUUAGAACCACAGCAUAAUAAAUUUCAUCACCGGAAAAUACUGCUUGGUAGGUGACUUUAGCUUUCAAUCAAAUAUUCACUCUGUAUUUACUCUGUGAAAGCAAAACAAAUGAUAGAACCACCACCAUGUACCAGAGAUGUGGUAUGGUAGUUCUGUUGAAGAAACGGCUUCCAAUCACAUAUGAGUGGUUUACCAUCUUGGGAUAUUUAGCUAGACUCUGAACCACCUUGUAAAGCAUACAAAGGGCAAUAUGUUGCCAGAGGAAAAAUACUCUUAUAACUGCAGGGUUGUCACUAAGAUUUGAAGUUGCCAGGUAAAUACAACAAGUAGAAUCAAAUGGCUAGGAAUUUCUUUUGGUUCUAUUUUUCUUUUAUUUUCCAAUAAAAGUAGCCAGGGGCCACUCUCUUAGUAGCCGGGGAAAAUGCCCGGCCCCCGGCUCUUAAUGACAACCCCGAACUGAUUACUUGCAUUAAUUUCUUUAACUAAAUAUUAAAUCUCAAACCAUUCCCUACUGUUUUGAAAGAAUUUGAGUAGAAAAGUAAGUUGUACUUUUCUUAACAGGAUCCACAUGCAUUAAUGAGAAAGAAUUAUUUCAUGGCACCAGACAUACAAAUCCAGAUGUUAUCUGGAAAGGAGAGGAUGGAUUCGACAUGCGGCAUUCUGCAGACGGUAUGUGGGGGCGUGGAACGUACUUUGCCUCUGAAGCUUCUUACUGCCAUCAGGGCUUUGUUUAUUAUGAUCCACAGAACAAGCACUUCCAGCUAUUCCUGGCCCAUGUUUUAACAGGAGACAGUAUUUUCUUACCCCCUAACAGGGACAUAAGAAUGCCACCCCCGAAGAGAGGGUCCGACAUUCGUUAUGACAGCAUCAAUGGUAUUACCAAUGGUUGUACAGUGUACAUUACCUACAAACUUGACAUGGCAUAUCCAGCUUAUCUUAUAACUUACACUAUAAGCAAUUGAAUGGGGGCAGAAAUAAGGCCCCAAGUGACUCCUAAAAAUAUGAAAUUCUCUUUGUGACUUCGAAGCAUGUAUAAGAAAACGUAGCAGUUGAAAAAUGUAGCAAUUUAUUAGAGUCACUUGCAGGGUUAUUCUAGGCAGCUGAAGAGCUACAUGGAAAUGGCCCUAAGUAACUUCUUAGACAAACC